UUAUAGAGUCGCGAGUCAGCGCAGUAGAGGCGUCGCAGACGGAGAAAGUGUAGAGAGAGAGAGAGUGAAAAGCUAAUUCAAGAAGAUAAUGGCGAAGUUCGACCCGUGGCCAAUAUUUUUCAGGCGAGAAUGGAAGAGGAACUGGCCCUUCCUUGUGGGGUUUGCCGUAACCGGAACAAUCAUCACCAAGUUCUCUCUUGGUCUCACUGAGGAAGAUGCCAAGAAUUCGCCUUUUGUUCAGAGGCACAAGAGGUGAUUUCUGCAUGCCAGUACCAGUGCCAUCCUCGUCUAGUGUGGAUGGAGCGUUUUCUGCUUUUGUUUUGAUGAACUACAAUAACAGAAAGAGGGAUUUUCUUUAAACUAUUUUUUCUUUUAUUAUUAUGCAUUGUUUGACUGAAUAACAUAUAUAAGAAAGACUUAAGUUCAUUUCUAUGAGCUUUUUUUUUU